GCUUUGCUUUUCUUCUCAUAGGUUUUCAAUGAAAUUUAUCCAGUAUGGACUUACUCUUAUUUGGUGUUGCUGUUUCCUGUGUUCCUUGCAACAGACUAUCUCAGGUACAAACCUGUAAUCCUUCUCCAGGGACUGAGCCUUAUAGUGACAUGGUUCAUGCUGCUCUACGCCCAAGGAUUGCUAGCUAUUCAGUUCCUCGAGUUCUUCUAUGGAUUAGUGACUGCUACGGAGAUUGCCUAUUAUUCCUACAUCUAUAGCAUUGUGGACUUGAACAUGUACCAGAAAGUCACCAGCUACUGCCGAAGUGCCACCCUGGUGGGUUUUACUGUGGGUUCUAUCUGUGGACAGGUUCUGGUGUCAGUUGCCAGUUGGUCACUGUUCAGCUUGAACGUCAUCUCUUUGACCUGCGUGUCUGUGGCUUUUGCUACAGCCUGGUUUCUGCCAAUGCCACAGAAAAGUCUUUUCUUUCAUCACACCUUGAGCAGCCAGGUCAUUAGGGAAAUGAAAAUUAUAGACUGUAAAAAUGGAGCUGUUGUCCAAGAUGAUUCUGCCUUAAAGAGGGUCCCUGGGUGGGAAGACAUUGAAUCAAAAGUUCUCUUAAACAAAGAGGAGCAUUCUGCAGAGACACAGUGCCCUGUAAUACAAGAACAAGGAGGCCUUGUUGGAGAAUCUGAAAUAAAGGAGCAGAAAGUGGGUAUCUCAAAGGUGCUUAAGGAACUGUGGCGGGACUUCCUGCAGUGCUAUUCCUCCCGUCCUAUGAUCUGCUGGUCUGUGUGGUGGGCAUUCUCAACUUGUGGCUACUUCCAAGUAAUAAACUACAUACAAGGCUUGUGGGAAAUGGUGCUGCCUUCUCAGAGCUUUGAGAUCUAUAAUGGUGGUGUGGAGGCAGUUUCUACACUACUAGGAGCGGUUGCUGUAUUUGCUGUGGGUUACAUAAAAGUAUCCUGGGCUACCUGGGGUGAGCUGACUCUAGCCCUGUUCGCCCUCCUUAUUGCUGCUGCUGUGUAUGUCAUGGACACCAUUCGUAACAUCUGGGUGUGCUACGCCUCCUAUGUAAUUUUCAGGAUUGUCUACAUGCUGCUCAUCACAAUAGCAACGUUCCAGAUUGCUACAAAUCUAAGCAUGGAGCGAUACGCUCUGGUGUUUGGUGUCAAUACUUUCAUUGCCUUGGCUCUGCAGACUUUGCUCACUUUGAUUGUUGUUGACUCCAGUGGCCUUGGGCUAAACAUAUUCACACAGUUCAUGAUCUACGCCAGUUACUUUGCAGCCAUAUCAGUGGUGUUCUUGAUCAGUGGCACGUACAGUGUUAUGAAGAAGUACAGAAGACGGAAAGAGAUGCUAAGUAGAUCUACAGCAAGUCCUUAGUGCCGCGAAUGAGGAUCUGUUGCAUUGUGAUGUAUGAAGAUGAACUUUUAGUGUCUUUGCCACUUAUUUUCCAAGGCAAUUGUCUGAAGUGUAAUUUAUACUAUAUUAGUAGCACACACCAGAAGGAAAAUUUUAUGUAAUUAGAUCUUAUAUAAGUAAGAAUAGACCUUCCUUCUCAAAUGCCUUUUUUAUUGUUUAAUUGCAUGUGUGGGAAAGGGCACUAGCGUACCACAGGAUGGCUCAAAAGUGGUAAGUCUUGAAACCUGGGGCUUUCAAGAUCAUUUCUGCAAAUAAGGUUUUAUGGGUAUAAGACACCCUCCAUCUGUCGGUCUUUGAGCACAAAAAACUUGGGAGUUGCUGGAAGUCACUUGUGAGAUGCACUGACAGCUGUGUGAGGAUGCUAGGACUGGAAUAGCAGUGGACAUGCUGUAGGUCAGAGCUGAGGUACAUUGGCAGAGCAGUAUUAUAAUCUGCAUUGUGCCUUACCCAUGCUGAUAGACGCACACUUCUGAGUACUGAAUAUGCUUUAAAUUAGAAGUUUGUAUGUUUACAUAUUUUUUCAUGUCACUUGAACUGGUUCUACCUAGUCUGCCAGAGUAUCAGACAUAGCUCUUCUUGGCUCUCUCCCCGAGAGCUUAAAUGUGUUUUGGAUUAGCCCUCUGACACCAGUGAGUUGGCUGUUGGAAAAUACAUGUUGUUCUGGGAAAGUCGUGCCGCUGCUUGCUUCAAAAGGACUAUAAUGAUAUAGAGAACUGAGGAUGCUAUCUAAUGGUACUGAAUACUGGUCUGAGAGCAUGGAUGUCCAUUAGGAUUCUUGACUCCUGUGAUGCAAAAGUCGUUGACCCUGAAUGCUCCACUGUAGCUUUCUAUAGACAGCUAUACUAGUAUUGGGAAUGAAGUUGACUUACUGCACUACUUUCCUCUAAACUUCAUGUCUUUGGCAUUUUUUAAAACACUUGAUAACAUCCUAUUUUGAUCAAAUCUGUCCAUUCCCAAAGCCCUUCCCCCUUUUCUAACUGAAUGGAAAAACUCAAAUCAUCUUGAAACCUGCCUUUAUUUUGCAGUCUGGACAGUUUGGGACUCAUGUAAAUAAUUUGGAAAAGGAAAAAAACACAGCGGUGCAAUAUUUGUAUCUGAAUGGGUUCUUUAGAAAGAGUUGCUGGACAGUGAGGCUGUAUCAUCCCCGCCACUGUGCAAUGCAGAGUGGCAUUAAAGAACAGGAGAAAUUGAUGGCAAGGGACAGUUGCUAUGCUGUAUGCUUGCCCAGAACUGAGGGGGUUGGGGAUGUUGAGAAGGGAGGUAAAUCCAUGAGAGAAUCCUUUUCUUACAAAGUGAUCCACAGAACUGUGUGUAAAAGCUAAUUCUCCUGCUGAUUUGACCCAUUUCAGGUUUGAGUUACUUUAAAGAGCCCAACAAAUAUAAAUGGGCUUGAGGGAAAAUCCAGGAUCUGGACUUCCACACUUCCAAAUGCUUGAAAUCUGGUUUCUCAUGUUUCCUGGGAUAACUUUUGCUGACAUCCAUUUGUCUGUAAUUUAGCUGCCUUAUCCUGAAAAAGAAAUUUGAAAGGAAUACUUACAAGUGUUACCUUUUUUAAAAUAAGAAACUUCGCACACAGUGUUAGAGGAUAGGUUUUAGGCAAGGUGAAAUGGUGAUGAAAUAUAAUUUUGUAAUUGUUCUUGGAAAACACAUGGCUAUUUCUCAUGCUGCUCCUUGUGCUAUAAUUUCAGCCUGGUUGCAGAUGAUAUAGAAGCAUGGGGAUGAAUAAGUAGAGGAAGCUCAACCUCUAAUCAAAUUUUGAGAGAGAAAAAAACCUUAUUCUUUUGGGAAACUAUUCACUGAAGUCAAAGAUUUUAUGCAUCUAGACUGAUGUUACUAAUGGAUUGUGGCAAGAUCAAAAUGUCUAUGGUACCGUAUUUAAUGCUUUGUGGUUGUUUUAAAAAGAUGGUAAUUUUACACUGUAUUUAUUUAAGUCAAUUAAUGUAGAUAUCUUAAGCCUGGAAGUCCUGUUCAGGUUCUAAAGCUAUGCCUCACCAUGGUGUCUGAAUGCUGUAGUGAUCGGAGUAGUCUAAGAACCUAGAUGGUGUAGAAUAUUUGUGGCAUGAAUCAUAUUUGUAAUCUAUUCACCUGUGCUUCUACAAACAAGUCAUAAUCACAUAUGGGAUCUUUUUAUUCAGUUUUGUUCAGAUGGUACAGCAAUUUUUAUCAAAUAAAAUAUUUUACGAAUUCCUAAAUGAUCUUAAUUAUCUGUAUCUCAACACCUUUAUCGUGAUCAUUGCUAUUGCAGUUGACAUGGGUCUGUCUUAUUCAACAAGAAAUUAGAGGUAGGGAGAGAGAGCACCAUAAAUUAAAAAGGAAUCGCAGCUAAAACUUAUCUUCAUGGAUGAUUAUUAACUACUUCACUACUUUCGUUAGCUUUGUAGAUGUCAGUCCAGGAAAAAUCUUGUGGCCUGAGAAGAGGUCUCUACUCUGACUUCUUUGGACUGCUUAGUAAUCUUGUUUUUAAUGAACAUUUAUUAGGCAAGGAUGAAAUUCAUGUAUAGGUGGAGGAACUACAAAAAAGGAGGCUCCAGGAAGGAAUACUGGUAAAGAUGCCACAGAUAUCUGCUGCAUGGGAGGGGAGAGACCACUGGAAAGCAGUAUGGGAGACCACUGGAGAGGCAGGCUGAAGGAAGAGUCACUUAAUGGAUGCUUGUGACCAGGAACCUUCACGUGAGGAGUGCUGCCAUUGCCCAAUAAACUCUAUGAAAUAACCUUCCUUAGAGGGGUUGUGCUUCAGUCCCAGGAUGGGGAUGGCUUGGCUUUUUGCUAAACAUGAUCCAGCCGUGUGAGGUUUGAGGGAGGAUGUGGGAACUUGAAGAUUAGCUGUUGCUCUUUGUGACCAUUGCUGUAUAGUUGCCAUAUAAAAUACACUUGCAUAGACAUGACAGUGAGUACUGAAGACGUGAACCACCAGCCUUCUGAGUGCCAAGAAGCAAGUAUUCCAGGUAAGAAGUAGCAUCAGCCAUGAAGGGAAAAUACUUAAAAUAGGUUUGUUGGGCUCCCAGUUGAAAAUUGUUAAAGGGUGGGGGAGAGAAUGCUGCUGCUAUCGCUGCCACUACAUCCACCAGCAAGAAAAAAGCAGUACAGUGAACCCUCGUUUAUCGCGGUAGAUAGGUUCCAAA